GCACUUUGAACGGGUCUUCUCGAUCAAGUUCCGAUCCCAUUUCAACACCUCCGAAAGAAGAAAAGAGAAGCAGAGAGACGGAAUGGCAGAACAGCUGACAGAAGAGCAGAUCUCCGAAUUCAAGGAAGCUUUCAGUCUCUUCGACAAAGACGGAGAUGGCUGCAUCACUACCAAAGAACUGGGUACUGUGAUGAGAUCUCUUGGGCAAAAUCCAACUGAAGCCGAACUCCAGGAUAUGAUCAACGAAGUUGAUGCUGAUCAAAAUGGGACAAUUGAUUUCCCUGAGUUCCUGAAUUUAAUGGCCCGCAAAAUGAAAGACACUGAUUCUGAGGAGGAACUGAAGGAGGCUUUCAAGGUCUUUGACAAGGAUCAAAAUGGUUUCAUUUCUGCUGCUGAGCUACGGCACGUGAUGACCAAUCUGGGAGAGAAGUUAACAGAUGACGAAGUGGACGAGAUGAUUCGAGAAGCAGAUGUGGAUGGAGAUGGGCAGGUGAACUAUGACGAGUUUGUGAGGAUGAUGUUGGCCAAGUAAAAAGGAGCAGGACAUGGCAGAGCAACUCUACAGAGAACCCAAUCAUGUUGCAGGCUUGCAGCAGCAGCAACUAUUUUCAGUUGAUGCAGGGAUACACGAAACUGCUUCUGCUUCUUCUGUUUUUCAGCUAUAAUAGCUUAGGGUUCAUUGCUAGACACUAUGUUGUUUGUUGUUUGGUUUCUGUUGUUUUUUUAGAGGAUGUUUGGCAUCUUUUCGCAGAAAAAUCUCCAGGAAAGAUUCUCAAUUCUUGUCAAAUUGACUUCAAAACGGCAGGAAAUUCAGUUGCCUUUCCUCUC